AUGUCUGCCACAUGGCAUAUACUAAGUUUACAGCAGACAAGCUCACCCCCGCUUCUAUUCCACUAUACAUGGACUCAUCAAGGCUACGCGCUCUACGUCACGGAUCUCACCUCCAUCUGGACAGAAAAGCUAUCACAUAGAGAGAUCCUGGCCCGCGCAGAAGAAAAUAACGCAACGAUCGAUCCGAGCGAGGAUCAAGAGCAGCUUGAUGUACUCUUGGCCAAGCUCGGCGAAGCGCUUCGAGGUGAAGGCGGCAGCGCAACACUUAGAAGUGGAUCUGAAGAUUCGCUCGAACUGAGUACACAUUCUAAACUACCCGCUCCGCUGCGGCCGUUAAUAUGGACGCUUCAUCUAUCGAAAGAGAGCUCAUCCUCUUUGGCGAAUCACUUACUUCUCCCGCUGUUGAAGGAUGAAGCGGGCUGGGAAUCGCGGCAACGCAUUCUCUUGAACCAGCUGAAACAGAAGGACUGGGCUCUCGGGAAACUGCUUGACAGGUUUGAGGGAUUGGGUGUUGAUCUGGGAACUGUUUUCCCUGGUGCUGCUGGGUUGCGCACGAAGAAGGGUAGUACAAGGACCGACGCGGGAAAAUUCGUCAAAGGCCUCGCACCGUUUGAUGAGUCGGCUUGGCUCCGUGAGUCUGGCGCCGAAAGCUCAGGCUUGGCUGCGAACAUCCUACACGAGCUUGGGGGGUAUAGCAGUGCUGAAGAAUUCCGUGCACCAGAGGACAAGUGGUGGGAGGAUCUACCAAAAAGAUCCGAGGCCUCAUCUCAAUCUGGAAAGAGAACCACGACACCGGAAGAAACCUUAUCGCGGGAUGAAUCGAUUCAAGGCUCUCAGCAGGAUCGAGACCUAGAUCUGGAUCAAGAUGUCCCAGAUAUAGGCGCCGGCGAAGCUACGGCAUCGAAUUCAGAGCCGGAGGCUGAUGCACCACAGCGUACGCCCACACCAACAAAACCCACACCAAAACCCGAGACCAAAGAAUCGCCCAAGAAAACCAAAGUUAAAGGUCGUCUGGGUUUGAUUGGAGGCAGGAAAAAGGAAAAACAGCCUUCACCAACUCCUCCUCCUCCAUCUCCGCCUCGAGCACAAUCACCCAUGCCAACACCACAGAAACAGAAACCCAAAGGUGGCAAACUCGGCACGAUAGGGGGGAAAGCUAAAAACAAGUCCCCCGAAGCCUCGUCAAAGCCUGCUACUGCUGCUCCAGAGCGCACACAGGAACGAUCUAAUGAAUCUCCCGAUCUAGAUGAUCCUGCUGGAGUAGUGGCGACAGGAUUGAAGGAAGAGUCUCAGAUCCCAAGUCGAGAGAAAAAGAGCGCUGAGACUGUUCCGGAGGAGACGGAGGAACAAAAAACGAUUCGGAAACGGGAAGAGUUGAAACGGCAGCUUGAGGAGAAGAGUAAAGCUCCAAAGAAAAAGCGGAGAUUUUAA